UAUCUAACACAUUGAAAUUGUUCAGAAUAAUUUUUCUUGGUGUUUUUACAUGAGCUUACUUUAUUUUUUCCCUUUUUCCUUUUAUCCAACGACAUUCACCUAGCCAUACCUCAUUAGCAAAUGAGUGAAAAUCGACAUUCACCACCGACAGAUCAGCCGCCGGGUUCACCGCCUCCUCCUGAAUUACCUCCAAGAAGAACCACACCACAAUCGUCUUUUAUUGAGGAAGAAAAGGCAACUCCUGAACCUCCUCAACGCCCACAGAAACAACCACAGUUAUCUUCUUUACCUACAGUCGAUGAGCAGCCUACCAUCCCUCCUGCUCUACCACAACGCCAUUCUAUCACGCCUACUACAAAUUUGCCUACCUCAAUUGAUACAGCUACCCUUACAACAGCAAUACCUCCCGCAUCCAUCACUGCACCAAACGAACUACGACAUCGACAGCAACAGCAAAAAACAGUCAUAGCUGAUAUUGUACCUGAUUUACAUGGAAUAGCACCGAGUCAAGGUCUCUCUACAGACAUCCACACACAUGAUGCGAGCGAUACACGGCAAACCAUUAAAGUAGCAGAGCGAAAAUCAGUGCCUCCGUUUCCAGGCACUUAUCAGACACAGCAAAACUCGCGCCGCCCAGAUUGGAAUAGGGUCUUUAAUCUUGUUCUGCUUAUGCAUAGCCAAUUACUAUAGAACGAGUAUAAGACGAUUUCGUGCAAAUGCUCGUGACGAUAUACAAAGAGAAAUAUCGAAAUACAGAAUGGAAUCAGACGAAGAAACCGUCGAAUGGAUGAACAAUUUUAUCGAAAAAUUCUGGCUGAUAUUUGAGCCAGUCUUGAGUGCACUGGUUGUUGAAAACUUGGACAACUAUAUCACGGACUAUUUACCAUCAUU